ACCCAAUAAGACAAUUAUGUAGUGCCAAAAUCUUCCCUAUAGCAAACCAAAAAAAAAAAAAAAACAGACAAAAAAAGAGCAGAAAAAAAAAUCAAGAAAAGACCAAAAAAUAAAUAAAGAAAAAGCAAACCAACAUUCUGCUGUGUUUCCUUUUAUUUUAUAUUGAUUCAAAAUGGGGUAUUUCAUGACUGUGCAUGACAAUCUGAAAUGAAAACUCAUGCUUACCUUUGCUAUAAUUUUUCUGUAACCUUGACACUCCCUUCCAGGCCUCUUGCCUAAUCUCAAUAACAAAAACGAGAUUAGGGUGUAGACUUGUCCGUUCCCAUUAGCAUGCAGUAGAGAGCUUUGAGCUAGUCAGUAAUUUACUAAACUUGCCUGGCUUUACAGUGAAUGAACUUCACUUGGAUCGAGCUAGUAUGUUUAUAAAGGGAAAAUAAGUGUUUUUCAGAAGUAUAAUCUUGUCUUGAAUGUUUAGAUUGAACCUUGAGGCAUUAGUGGUAAUAACUAGUAUAACUAUUACACAAGCAUGCACUGGCAUGUCAAACUUACUGUCCCAAUGCCUCCUCCCUCUUUUUAUAAAGUUUAUAAAGCCCACAGUCCUGUGUUUGUCCUGAAAGGACCCUGUCAUCAUGUGGACGACUCUCAUGAAGUUAGACCUGGCCUCUGUAGGUCUGGCUCUGUUUCUUGGCUUGAUCUUUCUGGUUCUGUUUGAGAUCUUUAGGAUUAAUUCCUACAGAAGUCAAACUCCUCCUGGUCCCAGACCUCUGCCUUUUGUGGGUACCAUACCACAAUUUUUGAAGAACCCAAUGGAGUUUGUAAGAUCAAUGCCUCAGUAUGGAGAGAUGACCACUUUGUAUCUCGGGAGGAAGCCAGCCAUAAUCCUCAACACAAUCCAGGUCACGAAGGAAGCCCUGGUCCAAAAUGGUUCAUCUUUUUCAAGAAGGCCGUCUGUACCAAUUUUAAACUGGAUUACUAAUGGAUAUGGUAUAAUAAUGGUCACGUUUGGUCAUGCCUGGAGGCAGCAGAGACGGUUUGCUCUGCACACGCUCAGGAACUUUGGCCUUGGAAAGAAGUCUGUGGACGAACGCGUGACAGAGGAAAGCAGUUACCUGCUUUCUGAAAUGCUCAAAUCAGAAGGCAAGCCUUUUGACCCCCAACAUGCAAUAUACAAUGCUGUUUCCAACAUUAUCUGUUCCAUCGUGUUUGGGGAUCGGUUCGACUAUGAUAACAAGCGCUUUGCAUACCUUUUGGAAAUCCUGAAGGAGAAUGUCAGUCAUACAGGGUCACUUGUUGGGCAGGUGUUUAACUUGCUUCCCAUCAUCAAAUAUUUCCCAGGACCACACCAGAAAAUCUAUCAGAAUGGCGAAGAGUUGAAGGCUUUCUUCAGGGAAGCAAUCAAAGCACACCGAGAAACUCUGGAUCCAGACAGUCCUCGAGACUACAUUGAUGCCUACCUGCUGGAGAUUGAGAAACAAAAGUCCAAUGAGGACUCCACGUUUCAUGAGGAGAACAUGGUUAUGUCAGUAGCUGAUUUGUUCCAGGCUGGAACCGACACCACUUCGACCACCAUCAGAUGGGGGCUCAUCUACUUGACACAAAACCCUGAUGUACAAGAGCGAUGUCAUGAGGAGAUUGUUCGGGUACUGGGUUACGAUCGCAUGCCCAGCUUGGAUGACCGUGACAAACUAGCGUACACCAACGCCACUGUCCACGAGAUUCAGCGCUUUGGCAACAUUGUACCCACUAACCUGAUGCAUGAAACAACUCAGCCCACAAAACUACGAGGAUACGACAUUCCCAAGGGCACCGAAAUACUGACCAACUUAACAGCAAUUUUAUCUGAUAAGGACCACUGGAAGUAUCCAGACACUUUUAACCCAGAGAAUUUCUUAGACGAUAACGGACAUUUCUUCAAACCAGAGUCUUUCCUCCCUUUCUCCUUGGGUCCGAGGGUGUGUCUCGGUGAGACCCUGGCGAAGAUGGAGCUCUUCCUCUUCAUCACUUCUCUCUUGCAGCGGAUUCGUUUCUCCUGGCCUCCUGGUGUGCAGAAGCCAGACAUGAAUGGGAUUGUCAGUUUGGUCCGCUCUCCUGAACCAUACGACAUCAUCUGCCACAGCAGAGGCUAAUAAAAUUGAUUGUCAGUAACCUUUCUGACAUUAGAGGAAUAGUUCACCCAAAAAUGAAAAUUAUCCCAUGAUUUACUCACCCUCAAGCCAUCCUUGGUGUAUAUGACUGACUAUCUUCUUUCAGACGAACACAAUCGGUUUAUAUUAAAAAAUAUCCUUGUUCUUCCAAGCUUUUAUAAUGGUAGUGAAUAUUGGGCAUGUUUUGAAGCCCAAAUAAAUGCAUCCAUCCAUGAUAAAUAUAAUCCAUACGGCUC